UUCGUCUAUUUAUAUACGAAGCAGAGGAUUUUUAUUAAGCAAAAGAAAGCGAUACAGAACUAAGCUUCGGUCAACAAAACAAAACUCCAAGGGAUUGGAGUUAAAAACCAACCCAGUUGAAGGAGAUUGAAGUAAACGACCCUAAUCUGGGAUUACAGUUGUAAAAGCAACAUAACCCAGAAAGAAAGAAAGAAAGAAAAACCCUUGAAUCCAGUAACCAAGAAAGCCCUCAAUUUUGGAAAAAAGUUUUGAACUUUACAAAGAGAAAGAGAAAAAAGAUGUUCUUCCACAUAGUACUGGAGCGGAACAUGCAGCUCCACCCUCGCCACUUCGGCCGCAACCUCCGUGACAACAUUGUCGCCAAGCUCAUGAAAGAUGUCGAGGGCACCUGCAGUGGUCGACAUGGGUUUGUAGUGGCAAUAACUGGAAUAGAGAAUAUUGGGAAAGGGUUGAUUCGUGAUGGAACUGGGUUUGUGUCCUUUCCAGUGAAGUACCAAUGUGUUGUUUUCAGACCCUUUAAAGGCGAGAUUUUAGAGGCUGUUGUUACUAUGGUCAACAAGAUGGGAUUUUUUGCUGAAGCUGGGCCUGUUCAAAUUUUUGUUUCAAACCAUUUGAUACCGGAUGAUAUGGAAUUCCAAUCUGGAGAUAUGCCAAAUUAUACAACUUCAGAUGGAUCAGUUAAGAUACAAAAGGAUAGUGAAGUCCGGCUGAAGAUAAUUGGAACUCGAGUUGAUGCUACAGAAAUUUUCUGCAUUGGUACCAUAAAAGAUGAUUUCUUGGGUGUGAUCAAUGAUCCUGCAGCGGCUUAGCGAAGUGGCUAGAUGAUGUUUUCUUUGCUUGUGUUACCUGCUUGUCUUGUAUUUUUAAAAAUUCCUGUUGUAUAAUAUUAAUCAGGAUUAUUCGUACUACACUCUAGGGGGCUACUUAGUGAUGCUGAAUCAUUGUUGGAUAGAAUUUUUUGUGUCUGCAUUGCUGAAUCGCUGAAUUGGUUUUAGUUUCUGGUUUACUGAAUUUAGAAAUUUGUCAAAGGCUAGCGCCCUUAAUUAUGGACUCAGAUCCUUUGGAUGUACUACCUGCUUGACCUCAAUGGCAACUGGGUAAUGUUGCUUUGAUGGUAUAAUCUGGUACCAAAAAAGAGAAAAACUACACCCAAAUUCUGACUUUAAUAGAGAUUUCUCUAUGUUGUGCUAUAUUUCCUCAAUCAAAAUGUACCCUUUGCUUUCC